CCAGGUGCCCCUAGAGUACCACAUUUUUUUAAGGUUUAUCUCAUUCCCUCUGGAAACACACAAGUGACAGCCCAGGUUCGAAUUUAUUAAGAGUUGCAGCUGCCCAAAUGAAUCUUGUGGGCAGAAUGUGCUAGAUUAUGAUACUCAGCUAAAAAUUUCCAUUGCUGUUGAUGUUAAUUUUAGCCAAGUCCAAAUAGUGUUCCUAAGGAAGAGAAUGGAGUCCAUUCACUCAGUCAUUGGCUUAUUUUUGUUCAGAGCCAGAUCAGUCAGCUUCUGUCUCUGGUUUCCUGGUUACCAGUGCCUAUGGUGAUAGCGUUGCAAGAGAGAAAGGGGAGGUCAUAGAGAAAACCCUUGGCGCAAAAUGAAAGCCAUCAGUAAAACUGUCACUGUGUCACCAAAGGGCUGUUUGAAGUUGUUACAAAUACCUGCCUACUUUGGUCUCCUCCUGCAUCUCUAACAGAUGGCGGUGGGGCUUACUGUGAGCAGAGAGUGAUGGUUGAGAGCAAGGUCUUUGGGUGAGACUUGGCCUUGAGUCUCUGCCUCUGUCAGCUGUGACCCGAGGAGGGGAAGAGUGAGCUCUUGCCGGCUGUCUUCGGAGCAACAGUACGGCCGCAUCUGGGUUCUAAAGUCAAAACCUUGAGAUUAAUAAUGGCAGGAAAAUCUUCGCUUUUUAAAGUAAUUCUCCUUGGAGAUGGUGGCGUUGGGAAGAGCUCUCUAAUGAACAGAUAUGUGACCAAUAAGUUUGAUACCCAGCUCUUCCAUACAAUAGGUGUGGAAUUUUUAAAUAAAGAUUUGGAGGUGGACGGACAUUUUGUUACUAUGCAGAUUUGGGACACAGCCGGUCAAGAGCGAUUCAGAAGCCUGAGGACGCCAUUUUACAGAGGUUCUGACUGUUGCCUGCUCACUUUCAGUGUCGAUGAUUCCCAGAGCUUCCAGAACUUGAGUAACUGGAAGAAAGAGUUCAUAUAUUACGCAGAUGUGAAAGAGCCCGAAAGCUUUCCUUUCGUGAUUUUAGGCAACAAGAUCGACAUAAGUGAACGUCAAGUGUCUACAGAAGAAGCCCAAGCCUGGUGCAGGGACAACGGCGACUAUCCUUACUUUGAAACAAGCGCAAAAGAUGCCACAAAUGUCGCAGCGGCCUUUGAGGAAGCGGUUCGAAGAGUGCUUGCUACUGAGGAUAGGUCAGAUCACCUGAUCCAGACAGACACGGUCAGUCUGCACCGAAAGCCCAAGCCUAGCUCGUCUUGCUGUUGACCGUUUGGAGAGGUUGCCUGUGUCAUCUAACCAGCUCACACACAUACACAGAAAAACACAGGGUGGAGAAGAGAAUUGGCAUUGCAGCAAUGGAUCAUCUACUCAUAAAAUUAAACUAACCAUAUUGCUGUUUUGUUAGUGGGCGGGAGAAGGGACACAUCCACUCAUGGAAGAAUCAAUUUACUCAGUAGUGGCACCAUACAUUUAUAAAUUGUAAUGGUUGUCUGUUAACGUUUAAUUUAAAUAUGUACGUUACAGAGCUAAUAAAUGAGAUGAUCAGUACUUUAAUUAUAAUUAAAACACUUGAAUAUUCUGGAAGUUACUGUUUGUUUUUUUCCUGGGAAAAUGGAGAACUACUUUUUAUAUGUGUAUAUUUUUAUGUAAUUAGCAUUCAGUUCCUGGUUGAGGGAAAAAAAUUCCCGAAAGCAAUAUUGUUAAAUAAUAAAGAUUAAAACCUAA